AUGCAAGCUUACCACCACCACCACCACCUUUCACCACCAGUACCCUCUAAACCUGUUAGCCCACAAAAAUCUGUACAUCCUGUCCAAGCAACAGUUUCAUGCAAAAUUCUUAUCAAUCCAUCCGAGAAAACGCUUCCUAUGAGGUUAAAAUCACCUCCUCCACCACCGCCUCCGCUUCUUUCACCGCCGCUGCAGCCACCGCCCAUAACUUUUCCACCGCCACUAGAUGGCCCUCCUAAACUGAACCCAUUCCAAAAAUUUGCCGCUGGAGCGCUGGACAUGCUCGAAAAUUCAGUCAUAACCAAAUGGGAAAAGAAUCACAAGCUGAACCGGAAAGUCGACCCGGCGGUUCAGCUAGAAGGAAAUUUCUCACCGGUUCAGGAGUGCCCGGUUAGGCACGGCCUCGAGGUGGUCGGUCGGAUUCCUUCUUGCCUAGAAGGAGUCUACCUAAGAAAUGGAGCCAACCCUUUAUUCUCUCCGAUCAGCGGUCACCACCUCUUCGACGGCGACGGCAUGAUUCAUGCGGUGAAGUUGCAGCCGGAGACGAAUAGUGCUAGCUAUGCAUGCCGGUUCACUCGGACGAACCGGUUGGUCCAAGAAGCCGCGUUAGGAAAACCGAUUUUUCCCAAGCCAAUUGGGGAGCUGCAUGGCUACUUGGGCUUGGCUCGUCUUGCAUUCCUGUCGGCUCGAGCCGGACUGGGCUUGGUGGAUGCUACACUGGGUAUGGGACUAGCCAACGCUGGCUUAGCUUACUUCAACGGGCGGCUCUUAGCCAUGUCGGAGGAUGAUCUUCCCUACAGCGUCCGCAUUACCGAAGAUGGUGAUCUCGAAACGGUCGGACGGUUCGAUUUUGACGGGGAGCUUGAUGUUCCCGUGAUUGCCCAUCCAAAACUGGACCCCACCACAGGAGAGCUCUUCACCCUGAGCUACAACGUUGUCAGAAGGCCUCACCUUAGAGCCUUCAAAUUCGACAAGUGGGGCCACAAGUCACGUGACAUUUCGAUCUCCCUCAAACAGCCUACCAUGAUGCAUGACUUUGCCAUCACGGAAAAUCACGUGAUCAUCCCGGAUCACCAAGUGGUAUUCAAGCUAUCCCAGUUGUUGCGGGGCGGGUCACCCGUGGUCCAUGACCCGGAAAAGAUUUCCCGUUUUGGAGUAUUGGCGAAGGAUGACUUUGAUGAAUCAAGAAUCCAAUGGAUUGAAGUCCCAAAUUGUUUUUGCUUCCAUCUAUGGAAUGCAUGGGAGGAAAUCAGUGAGAGUGGUGAUAAGGUCAUUGCAGUAAUUGGAUCUUGCAUGACACCACCUGACUCAAUUUUUAGUAGCGAAAGUGACGAGGAAUUCCGCUCCGAAUUAUCCGAGAUCCGAUUAGAUUUAACCACGGGUGAAUCAACCCGAAAAGUCAUUGUGUCCGGGUUGAACCUAGAGGCUGGACAGGUGAACAAGAAGAAACUUGGCAAUAAAACGCAAUUUGCCUAUUUGGCUAUAGCUGAGCCAUGGCCUAAAUGUAGUGGGAUCGCAAAGGUUGAUUUGGUCACGGGGAAUGUUACAAAAUUUAUGUAUGGAGAUGAAAGAUUUGGUGGCGAGCCAUAUUUCGUACCUGGGGAGACAGAAAAGGAGGAAGAUGAUGGAUACCUUGUGAGUUUUGUUAGAGAUGAAAAAAAUGGAAUGUCUGAAUUAGUAGUGGUUAAAGCUUCAACUAUGAAGCAAGUAGCAUUAGUCAAAUUGCCCUCCCGGGUGCCAUAUGGUUUUCAUGGCACAUUUGUUACUUCAGAAGAUUUAACCAAGCAAAAAUCUUGUUGA